CCGGUUCCGACUCAGUCAGAGCUCAGUGAAAUCGACAAAAACAAAAAUUUGCAUCUACUCAACUCGCACAGCAAUCUGUUGAUAUAGCGUACUCUCUAACUCUAACCAAAACAACCGUUGCUUGGAGGAACAGCCAUCCACCGCCGGUAGUUCACCGAAAAUCCGUUUCAGUUGAUCGUGAACUGCACUGGGCGAAGGAUCGCUACCACCAACUGGGUUGUAUUGUAACUGUCACCUAAGAAAAAAAAUGUCCAAGGAAGAAUCCAAAUACGGCUUCAAAGACAAGGCCAAGGCCGAGGAGUCGCUGGAGCUACUGAAAAGCGAAGACCACAAGUACCAGGUCCUGACGGUGCGGGGCCUUCUGGGACGGGCCAAACGUGUACUGACUCUAACGAAAGCGGAGGAGAAGGUCAAGAACAUCAAAGAAGCGAUUGAGGUGUUCGAAAACUGGAUCGAGGGCAACUCCAACACCAGUACGAAAAAUGCCAAACCGAAAGAGUCGGAGGAAAAGGUUGAAACGGUUCCCGGUCUAGGGUUCAAGGACAAGGACGCAGCCGAGAAGACUCUGAAAAUCCUAGAGGGUCGCGAUCCUGACUAUCAAAAGCUUGCCAUCAAGGGCCUGCUGGGCAGCGCCAAACGUGUUCUUCCAUCGACGAAGAACGAAGACAAGAUCAAAUCCAUCAAGGAGGCAAUGGGGAUCUUUGAAGACUUUUUGGAAACCUUCGAUAGCGAAGAGCGGGCCAAACAAAACAUGGCCUACUUACCGUUGGACCUGAUCAAGAACCUCCCAGACAAGCCGCCCAGCGCACUGGCUGCAGAGUUUGUCGAGUGCUACGAUAAGGUUGCCAAGGGAAACUACAAGCAUCUGCGUACGAAGUUCCCGGAAGAUGACGACAGCACCAGUUGGGAUAUUGUUCGCAAUAAGAAGCUGCUAAAAUUGAAAGAAAAGGUUAAGGAGAGUGGUGAAAAAAUGUUUGAUUCGGAAGGAAAGCCUACUAAAGUGCAUCUGGAAAUGAUUUACUGGGCGUACAGUCCCAACGUUGAUAAGCUUAAGACGUACUGCGCCAAGUUGGAAAAGAGUGGGGCGAAGAAGCGUGCACAUUCCUCGUCGUCCGAAAGCGGUAGCGAUAGUGACGAUGAGGUGAAGGAUAAGAAGAAAUCCAAAAAAUGAAUCUGUUUUCUGUUAGGAUGGGU